AUGGCGCCUGUACUUCUCAGACGAGCACCAGCCGGAUCGCUUGAUAGUACGAGUGAUAACGGCUGGAUAAACAAGGAUCUGUUUCAUGAGUGGCUACAACAUUUUGUGAAAUUUACAAAAUGUUCCAAAGAACACAAAUGCUUGCCGAUAUUAGAUGGAGACUUCAGCCACAAGACACUGCUAUCCGUUACCUAUGCCAAAGACCACGGGAUAACCAUGAUAGUUCUACCGCCUCACUGCACCCAUAAAAUGCAGCCACUUGACAAGACAUUCUUUGGUCCCCAGAAGGCAAACUACAAUGCAGAAGCAGAUAGAUGGAUGCUUGUACACCCAGGAAACAGAAGAGGUCUGUCUACGAAGUUGCCCAACUGUUUGGAUCUGCCUACAUACGAACAGCUAUGA